AGGAACAGUCCCGACUUGGAGCAGCAAGGCUUUGAUAACUUGGCCUAUGAGUACGGCAGCCAGAGUGAGCUCCACCCGUCGCCCAAACCUGCAUCCAGAACUUUUAGACUCCUGGGACUCACCGCCGACCACCAAGCUGUGGAAACCACACUCAGCCGCUUGAAUGGAGUCCUGGCCGUCAUCUGGUCUGUGCCUGAGAGUUUACUGCAGGUGGACUAUGAUGACACAGUGACCACAGCUGCAGAGAUUGCCCUGCAGCUGCAGACUCUUGGGUGCAGUGUUGAAGCAGUAGCACUGGUCAAAGUGGAUGGCAUGCACUGCCAGUCCUGUGUGCAUUCCAUCGAGGGACGGAUUGGAGGUUUAUCAGGGGUCUCACAUAUCCAGGUGUCUUUUCAGCAUGGUGUAGCCAAGAUUGUACACCAACCGUUAAUUAUUACACAUCAGGAACUGAUACACCAGAUUGAGGACAUUGGGUUUGAUGCUGCUUUUGUACCCGAGGAUGCCUUUGGGGGGGAUUUAAGCCUCUGGCAGGGGGACCUCAUGAAUGAGCCCACCCAGACUGUCACUGUAUGGAUCAAAGGGAUGACCUGUAGUUCAUGUGUUCAGUCUAUAGAAGGCAAGAUAUCUGAAGUUUCCGGAGUGAAGUCCAUAACGGUGUCGCUGAAAGAGAAAAAGGGAGCAAUAAGCUUUAACCCCAAACUGAUAGAACCGGAGCAUCUUCGAGCUCUUAUAGAUGAAAUGGGCUUCAAUGCGUCACUUAAAGAGUCUGAUUGGAGCAUCCAGAGUCAGGAAAACCAGAAACCUCCUGACCAGCAGAUGUCCAGGAAAGCUGUAACCAGCAACGGUUCUGGAUCUCAGAUCACCUCUGCUGGCUUCUGCACUGACUCUCCUGAAACCAAAGUCCAGAAAUGUUUUAUUUGUGUGACGGGAAUGACCUGUGCCUCCUGCGUGGCCAACAUUGAAAGACACAUGCUAAAACAAAAGGGAAUCACUUCGGUGCUGGUGUCACUGAUGGCUGGAAAAGCCGAGGUGAAGUACGACCCGGACGUCCUGAAUGCUGCUGCUGUCACUCAGCUCAUCCAGGAUUUAGGCUUUGGUGCUAAACUGAUGGAGGAUAACAUGGUGAUGCACGGGGAACUGGUCCUGCUGGUAUCAGGCAUGACAUGUGCGUCGUGUGUGCACAGCAUCGAGUCCAAGCUCACCACAACUAAAGGGAUCAUCUCAGCCUCUGUUGCUUUGGCAACCCAAAAAGCCCACAUCCAGUUUGACCCAGAGGUGCUUGGGGUGCGAGAUAUUGUCCGAAUGAUUCAGAGCCUUGGAUUUGAGGCUAGCCUGGAGAAGGCCAAGUUUAAGAACAACCUUGAUCACUCAGAAGAAAUUCGACAGUGGAAAAACUCCUUCCUACUCAGUCUUGUUUUCGGCCUGCCCGCCAUGGGCCUCAUGAUCUACAUGAUGGUGAUGGACAGCCAGCAUGGAGAACAUGGAGGAUCUAUGCCUGUGGAGCAGAACAUCCUGCCGGGCCUCUCUCUUAUCAACCUGGCUUUUUUCCUGCUCUGUACACCUGUGCAGAUCUUUGGAGGAUGGUAUUUCUACAUUCAGGCGUAUCGUUCGUUAAAACACUGCACCGCCAACAUGGAUGUCCUGAUUGUAUUGGCCACCUCCAUCGCCUACAUCUACUCCUGCAUAGUCGUCAUCGUUGCCAUGGUAGAGCGAGCUGACCAGAGUCCAGUUACAUUUUUUGAAACGCCACCUAUGCUUUUUGUUUUCAUCGCUCUGGGCCGAUGGCUGGAACACAUUGCAAAGCGUAAAACCUCAGAGGCUUUGGCCAAACUUGUGUCUUUACAAGCCACCGAUGCCACCAUUGUCACUUUGGGACUCAACCACUCCAUCGUCAGGGAGGAGCAGGUGGUGGUGGAGUUAGUCCAGCGGGGCGACAUCGUUAAAGUUGGCCCAGGAGGAAAGUUUCCCGUGGAUGGAAAGGUGAUUGAGGGAAGCUCCAUGGCAGACGAGUCCCUGAUCACAGGCGAGCCGAUGCCUGUUAGGAAGAAGGUGGGCAGUUUGGUGAUUGCAGGCUCCAUUAAUGCUCACGGUGCUCUUCUGGUGGAGGCCACUCACGUUGGUCCUGAAACCACUCUGUCUCAGAUAGUUAAGCUGGUGGAGGAAGCACAAACUUCAAAAGCUCCCAUUCAGCAGUUUGCAGACAAGCUCAGCGGAUACUUCGUCCCCUUCAUUGUUCUGGUUUCUCUUCUGACCCUGUUGGCCUGGUUGGCCGUGGGGUUUGUUGACUUUGACGUUGUGAAGGAGAACUUCCCGGGAUACAACCAGAACAUCACCAAGGCUGAAGUCAUCGUCCGCUUUGCCUUCCAGGCUUCCAUCACCGUCCUGGCCAUUGCCUGCCCCUGCUCUUUGGGGCUGGCAACCCCUACAGCUGUGAUGGUGGGCACAGGAGUUGGAGCGCAGAAUGGGAUUCUGAUUAAAGGAGGCGAGCCGCUGGAGAUGGCACACAAGAUUAAUGUGGUUAUGUUCGACAAAACCGGCACCAUUACUAAUGGUGCGCCACAGGUGACCCGUGUGCUGGUUUUAUGGGACAUGGCCCGCAUGCCCCUGAGAAAGGUCCUGGCACUGGUUGGAACAGCAGAGGCCAGCAGCGAGCACCCGCUGGGCACAGCGGUCGCUAAAUACUGCAAAGAUGAGCUGGGUUCAGAUAUUCUGGGAUACUGCCAGGACUUCCAGGCGGUUCCUGGCUGUGGUAUCAGCUGUCGGGUGUCCAACGUGGAGCAUCUUCUCCUGCCAAGUGAUGAGAGUUUCCUUCAGACAGGAGGAAGCACUGAUAGAAACGGGCUGCUCUCUGCUGCUGAGGGAGCGUCUUACUCUGUCCUGAUCGGGAACAGGGAGUGGAUGAAUAGGAAUGGUCACCACAUCAAAGCUGAUGUUGAUUCCGCCAUGUUGAGCCACGAGACUAAAGGACAAACCGCCAUAUUGGUGGCGAUAGAUGGGGUUCUGUGUGCCAUGCUGGCCAUUGCAGACACAGUGAAAGCAGAAUCAGCGCUGGCGGUGCACACGCUCAGCAGCAUGGGCAUUGAAGUGGUCAUGAUUACCGGAGACAACAGGCGCACGGCCAAAGCCAUAGCAGCACAGGUGGGGAUCAGAAAGGUGUUUGCAGAAGUGCUGCCGUCACAUAAGGUGGCAAAGGUGCGGGAGCUGCAGGAGCGAGGCCAUCGAGUGGCCAUGGUGGGAGACGGCGUCAACGACUCGCCUGCGCUGGCCUGCGCUGACAUCGGCGUUGCCAUUGGCACCGGCACAGACGUGGCCAUUGAAGCUGCUGACAUCGUCCUGAUCCGAGUAGGUGAUCGUGCAGAGAACGACCUGUUGGAUGUGGUGGCAAGUAUUGAACUGUCCAAGAAAACCGUCCGCAGGAUCAGGAUCAACUUCGUCUUCACCCUCGUCUACAACCUGCUGGGGAUUCCAGUAGCUGCAGGUGUGUUCAUGCCCGUCGGCCUUGUCUUGCAGCCCUGGAUGGGUUCGGCUGCGAUGGCUGCCUCCUCCGUAUCUGUGGUCCUGUCCUCUCUGCUGCUCAGAAUGUAUAAGAAGACCUCAGCUGAGCUGUACGAGGCUCGAGCCCGAGGACAAACGAGGAGCCUUCGCUCGUCUCAGAUCAGCACACAUCUGGGCGGCUCGGUUCUGCCCAACGUAACCAGAGACCAGAACACUACAGCCUGGCACGGGUCGGUCUGUUAAUGCUGCCCAGGACCACUGCUAGGUCCUGGAUCAACCAGACUUUACAUAAGAGAAAGAGGAUUCAUUGUUAUUUUUUUAUCUGUUGACAACGUCACUGAUGCUCUUUUAUUAUACAUAUAUAAAAUGGAUUUAUAUUAGUAAAUAAAUUCUGCAUAAACAUUUCAAUAAAUACUUUAUAUUGAUGGAAAAAUCGCUGCAAAUUGUUAUUUUUUUAAAUCCAGUAGUCCUUAAUUUUUCACCUACUAAAAGUAGUAGCAGCAGCUUAAACUCAAUUAAAUUUGAAAACAAGCCCACAUUUUUUUUUACAACACCUCAAAGUACAGCUCUGUAUAUUUCUUUUUUCUGUUAUCAGGAGUGGAGCUAGACUUUUUUCUUUUGCAAAGGCACAUGAGCAGCCAAGAUGUUUUUAGGGCGGCACAUACAAAUGUAAAAAAAAACUACUCUGGAUUUGAAAAUUCAAGAUGGCUGCCACGGGUAAUUUUAAAUGGCUAUAACUCAAGUUAUAUUUAGACACAUUGAAGUGAAAUUUGAUGUAGAGGGAUCUGUAAUCACCAACACAUUGUACAGUCAAAUGGUAAAUUUAAAAUAACGGCCACAGAAAGAACAGCCCCCAUCAAAGACCCAUCAGAGGUUCUCAAGGAGCUUUUCUAGUUGCUCCACGUCAGGUUUGUUACAAACUGGCCACAGGAUGUUGCUCAACUUUCAUUCUUAUACCAUGAACUAUUGCCCACAAUUGUUACUUCAUGUUAAUCUAGUGGUUAAAAAAAUCUUCAUAUAUGUCAAACUGAUAGAUUACCUCUACGUCAGACAAUACAACUGCUUGACAGAUAUUUAUUCCUUUUUUGCUCUUAUUGCCUAUCUUUUAAUGCCAUAUACAAUCCCCAUUCACUUGUCAAUCAUUUGGAAAUGACACCUGGGGUGGCACUUACCACCCUGGAUGUCCUCUGGCUCCACCCAUGUAAGGCUGUCAGGGAUUAUAAAUAAUGCAAUACUUGGUACUAAAAAAAACCCCAAACUAAAUCCACCCGUUUCCUCAGAUUUCAUGCUUCCUGGAUGCACAACUCUGUCUCUGAUCAACUUUUUGCUUCCUUUUAGAGUUUCACAGCAAGACUUUGGUGUGGUUAGUUAAAAAUAGAGGUGAAAAAGAGGGAAAGUUUCCAAGUGCUCUUCAACAUGUCAGGAAUUAUUAAUGGGGGUAAUUAAUCAAACUUACAUGGAUUGUAGUUAACUGCAGGAUGAUAAUUAUAAAUGCUCUCGCACUCAGACCUCAUAAUAUGUUACUUUUUUUUACAGCAGCUACAUUUAUUAGGAGAAGCAGAGAAAUGUUUCAGUGUCAUUACAAAAGUUGUUGAUUAGAAAUGUCAAAGAGUAUUAACUACUUAUGUAUUUUUUACUGUGGACUUAUAAUAAAAGAUUCCUUUAAAUACGAAAACUA